CGUUCCAGCUUUGUAACUACAUGUUGGGAUAUCUGUUGGGGAUCUUUUGGAAGGGGUGGUGUGCCCAAACAGAGGAAAUCAUGUCUCUGUUCAGUCUGGCAGUCACAAGGGAGGAGAAUUAGCUUUCCUUGUCCACUAGGACAUGUUUGAGGAUGUAAUAGAGAGGAUCUAAGUAGCUCCUAUUGUAUUAAUGCAUGGAAAAACCAAUAAGUGCCUCACAACUUCUACUGUACCCCAAGCCUUUCUCUCAUGUGACAACUUGUGAUGCAUCUUGCUAAUGUUAUUCACAUUUCAGUCCUCGCAUUCAUUCGAAUGCAUUUUUGUGGAAUUGUUUAAAAAUGUUCAAGCAAAAUGGCCAGUAUACCAAACAUAACAAAGAAGUGGUACUACAUUACUAUGUGUCUGCCUGGCCGCCAAUAAGUGUUGGUGCAAGCCCUGCAAAUUCAAUAAAUUCUUGGUAAAUUAGAUUUAAGGAGGACAGCUAUAUAGCAGAGCGGGCUUUCCCGUCUCUCAAUACGAAGAAAGUGGGGUAAGGGAAGCCACAUGAUUUUAAACAGAGUGUAUUCUGGUUUUAAAAAGUGUGCUGUGAUUCGCUUUUUUGGUUUGAUUUUUCUCAUCUUUCUCAGAACAUUAUGAGAAGCAGGAUCUUUUUGUUUGGGUAUAACUGUGUCAGAGAGGCCCUGAAAUAGCCCAGGGCCACACUGCUAUUUCAAAAAGCCACAGAGUUCAAUGAAAAUAGAAAGGCCUUUUUGCCUCCACUGCCCAUUUGCUCUCUUGGGAAACUUUUUUUCACUGGAAGUCCACUACAAAAAAGGAUUGUGCUUUUUAAGCAGUCCUGGAAGGAAUGGCUAGAUGUUUCCGAGCACAUCUGGAUAGGACUACGAGAAGAGCGACAGGGAGACGGGGAGUGCCUGAGCCACCUAAUUAUCCUCUCAGUCCUCGUAUUGUUGUGUUUGAUGCCCUCCUUGCUGAUCUGGAGAACACAGGGUCUCCUCUAGCUCGGUGUCCUGUCCUGCUGACCUCUGACCCCCCUCAAAAUGCUGACCCCACCACCCAGGACUCCUCCCAAGCCCGGCCACCACCGCCAGCCUACACCCCACAGCAGACUGUUUCAGCCGCAAUGAAAUCUUCCCAGAACUCCAAUCCUGACAAAUUAUACAGCACUGUGUGUAAACCACGGUCUCCCCGCACAACAGACCCUCCUCCAGCCUUCUCCUCCUCCUCGCUGUUGGGAGGAGGUCUGAGUGAACUAGACCAUCUGCUACAGGAGCUCAACGCCACCCAGUUCAACAUCACAGAUGAGAUCCUGGCCCAGUUCCCUUCCUCUAAGAAGGACGACAGGGAUAAGAUCAAGGAUAAAGCCAACACCUCCUCACCCAGCUCUGCAAAGCCCUCAGCAACAUCAGCCACACUGGAACUGGACAAACUGAUGGCUUCACUGUCAGACUUCAGAGUCCAGAGCACACCAGCUGCACCCGUCACUCCAGCAGUGACAGCACCGCAGCAGCCCGCCGCUCCACCACAGACCUCACCCGGGGGCUCACUGGACAGCAUGCUGGGGCUGCUUCAGUCAGACCUGAGCCGACAGGGAGUUCAAACGUCGUCUAAGGGGAACUGUUCAGCUUGUCAAAAACCAGUGGUGGGACAGGUGGUCACAGCUCUCGGGAAAGUGUGGCACCCAGAGCACUUUGUGUGCUCGGAGUGUGAGACAGAGUUAGGCAGUCGUAACUUCUUUGAAAAGGAUGGACGGCCGUACUGCGAGUCAGACUACUUCACCCUCUUCUCCCCUCACUGUGCGCAGUGCAACAAGCCCAUUCUGAAUAAAAUGGUCACAGCUCUGGAUAAGAACUGGCACCCAGAGUGUUUCUGCUGUGUGAAGUGCAGCCGGGCGUUCGGAGAGGAAGGUUUCCAUGACCGUGAGGGCCAGCAGUACUGCCAGCAGUGCUUUCUGACUCUGUUUGCUUCACGCUGUCAAGGCUGCAGCCAACCUAUCCUGGAAAACUACAUCUCAGCUCUCAACUCGCUCUGGCACCCGCAGUGCUUCGUGUGCAGGGAGUGUUACAGCCCCUUUGUCAAUGGCAGCUUCUUUGAACACGAGGGGAAGCCGCUGUGUGAGGCCCACUACCACCAGUCCCGUGGCAGCAUGUGUCAGGCCUGCCAGCAGCCGAUCCUGGGCCGCUGCGUUACUGCUAUGGGGGCCAAAUUCCACCCGCACCACCUGGUGUGCCACUUCUGCCUAAAGCCGCUGAGCAAAGGCUGUUUCAAGGAGCAGGAGAACAAACCAUACUGCCACCCCUGCUUCAUCAAACUCUUUGGCUGAGGAUACAGCUGGACUUUACUACAACCCCUUCAUCAUGACUCUCAGCCCACUAUUUUUUUUCUAUAGUAUAAGGGUGGAGCUGAUCUCUUUUUUUGAUUUAAGAAUACAAGAGGUCAAAUAAGAGGAAAAUCCAGCCCAGUAAUUUGUUCAUUUGACAAAAAAUAAACAAAUUACUGAUUUGACAGAAACCAAAUGAUCCCAAAUGUUUUUGUCAUGUGUGUAAAUCUAUUAUGUACUGUAUUGAUUCAAAUUGAAUAUGGAAAAAAUAUUUACCAAAGACAGAAAGGAAGCAGUAUGUUAAGAAAACAUGUAAUGUUUCAGAGAAGGAUUUUUUUUUUGCAUUAAAUCCCUUUUAAUAUAUAUUUGCUUUACAAGGCAAACAGUAAAAGUGCCAAUGCAAUGCAUUUAUAUAUUGUAUGCUGCCUGCUAUGUGAUGUAUGUUUAUGUGUAACAAAUUGAGCUAUCAUAUGGUCAAUGUCCAAUAUUUUGCAUUAUUCUUUCACAUCUGCUCUAUGCAAUUUGCCAAAGACAUUUCCAAAGAUUACAAUAAAGGAAAACACAACUUUUU